AUGGACAUCGAGGAAGGCUUAAGCGAGAACCAGAGGACGGCGGGGGAUUCGGACGCACACGCCUGGCUCGCUCCCGCACACGCCGAGUACCUGCCGCACAGCGCGGAGGGCGUGUCCGGUGCGCACUUAAACAAGUGCACCAGGGAGGGUGGCGCGGUGCGUGUGCGCGAUCUGUGCCGCCUCAAGGGAGCUACGCGGCCGGAUGAGGGCAGGCAGCGCGCACCGUCCAGCAAAGCCGGCACCGUGGUGCAGAAACAGAGGCGCGUGGCAGCGAACGCGCGGGAGCGCAGGCGCAUGCACGGCCUGAACCACGCCUUCGACGAGCUGCGCAGUGUCAUCCCCUCCUUAGACAACGAGAAGAAACUGUCCAAGUACGAGACGCUACAGAUGGCUCAGAUCUACAUCAACGCACUGUCAGACCUGCUGCGCGCUCCCGGAACAGAAGAACACACCGACGCACUGCCGUCAGUCUACACAGCAGAACGAUCUCCAAACGCGUUUCCAGUUCAGAUCUCCAGCGUGCCGUUUUCAUACGAGGACGAGGCGUUCAUCUCCCUAGGAGGCAGCAAGUCUUCCUCUGAAUGCAGCAAAGACUCUCCGCGGUCGAGCAGAAGUGAUGGAGAGUUUUCUCCACACUCGCACUUCAGCGACUCGGAUGAAAAUCACGCGGAGCUGCACAGUGAGGAUGAACUUUGUGAACUGAAGCUGAGCCGCCAGCGCGUCUUCUAG